AUGGCUCGGUUUAAAUAUGCAACUCCGCGACAGCGACCGACGGAUUCGUACAUCCCUCAACACUUGCGGGAUUGCGAAUUCGUCUUCGUACGGAACGACGCCGUGAGACGACCACUCACCCCGGCAUACCAAGGUCCGUUUCAGGUUCUUCGGUGCACCGACAAGCACCUUACGAUCAAGCGCGCCAACUCGACCGACACCGUCGCGAUCGAUCGGACCAAGCCUGCCUUUCUGGAGAAGCGACAAUACGACGCAAACCCGGCUCCGCGGACCCCUAACGCUACUCCAGCGCACCCGGCACACGCAGCACCGCAGAGAUCAGACGACACCCCAGCGACUCCUGUGCAGCAGACCAGAUCCGGGAUCGGGGCCUGUAACCAACCCCGUGAACGAGGAAUUCCAUGUAGGCGCGGGUCAACAGCCCGCGUCGAUCACGUCCCUGCCCUUUGUACACACCGCCCGUCGCUACUAUCGAUCGAACGGUCCGGUGAGGUCCUCGGAUCUGGCCCACGACGCCGCCGGGCAGCGUGCACGUGGCGCAGCGGCUGCGGUCUCCGCCGCCGUUUCACGCGCGUGUCGUACUCGCCUCGGCGUUCGAUGCCUGGAGAAGACGACCGAACCCGAUCGUUUAGAGGAAGUAAAAGUCGUAACAAGGUUUCCGUAGGUGAACCUGCGGAAGGAUCCUUAUCGAUGACUCGGCGCAUGUCGUCGUCGUCGUGUCCUUUCUUUUCCGAAACGCCGUCGAGUUCGCUCUCUCCCCGCCUUAUCUCUGGGAGACGACUCGCCGAGACCGCCGUCACGACUGGUCGGUCGCGGGUAGUAGCACGUUAUUCGUCGGCGAAACAGGGUUGGUGGGAAAGCUUGCGCUCGUUUCGCGGCAGCAGGCAAAAAGAAAGGGCCGCGCCACCGUCGCAUGGACGGCCUCGCCUCCUUGCGUCUGCUGCUGCUGCUGCUCCUCCUCCUCCCUACUCGUCCGACAAAAAAUAUCCUCUGCUCUCUGCGCGAGACGGGCGCCCGUCUCCAGCCGUAUUACGUCCAGCCGUUCCGUUUCACGUACCGCCGCCGCCGCCGCCGCCGCCGCCGCCGCCGCCGCUGCUGCCGCCUCUACGUCCCUGUGCGGGGAGGUCGAGUUCGGUUAGACGCGUACGCGAUUCGAGGGGCGCUGUCGCUACCGCCGGCCACGAUCGCGAGACGGAUGCCGCCGACCAGCCUCCGUCUCCCGCCGACGUCGACGUGGUCACGUGUACGGUCCACGCCGCCGUCAAUGUCCCCGACAAAAUUGUGAUGGUUGCCGGGGUGCCAGUCUGCUGUGGACUGCUACCGUAUCGGUCGCUCACGCAACAACUCGGCCUCCUUGUUUCUCCUCGCACACUUUUUUUAACCUGUCACAAAAAAACUUAUACAAAAAACAAAAACAAAACCCUGGACGGGGGAUCACUCGGCUCGUCCGUCGAUGAAGAGCGCGGCCAGCCGCGAGAACUGAUGCGAAUUGCAGGACUCAGUGAACAUCGACAUCUCGAACGCACAUUGCGGCCUCGAGAUCCCUUGUCUCGGGGCCCCGUCCGGUCGAGAGGCGGAAAAUGGCAUGUCUUCUCACUUGAUAGUCGAGAGGCAUCUCACCGUCCACCGCGUCGUUCUUUCUUCAUGAAAGAAUUGCCCGUUUCUCACGCGGAGGAAACCGGGACGUCGCAGGAGGAGCUUGAAGUCCGCGGGGUCGCUUCCCUUACGACCGCGAGCAGUCGUAGAUUGCAAGACGUUGACUACGGCCACGAGCAAACAGCAGCAGUGGUAGCACCAUCGUUUCGCUCUCGGAGGUCGAAAUACAAACCUUGGGCGUCUCGAAGCCAGUCUGUGCCGCUGCCGCCGUAUUCUGCCGUCACUGUGUGUGGUCGCGUUUUGCUGUAG